GAUCUCGAGCAGCAGGGCCGGCUCGGGCUACAUUUCGCCUCUUUCGCCGCUCCGUGGCUGGUCCUUCAGCUGUUCGGCUGGAUCCGUUAUCAGAUGCUGCAGAGCUUUUGCAUCAAACGUUGAAGGAUUUGGCCCUCACUAAAGAGCAGCAAGAAGUGUUUGAGCGAGUUGUUUCUUGCAACUCUCGAUUCUGGCAAGUUGCUGUAGACGGAUGUUUGGAUGGAUCUCCACCAUGGCGUCGGCACGUAGCUCUGAAUUUAGCAUUGUUACGAGCUUAUCACAGGCAUUUGGCUGCACAACGGAUCGUUGAUGCUUUGGAAUUGGACGUGUCUGAAGUUCAGACUUCCAACCACAAUUCGCUCAACUAUUCGGAGGCAGUUGAGGCUCUUCGCUAUUGCCGUUGGGCUCUUGCCGCAUAUGGUGGACGCGGUAAACGCGAUGGGACGGAAAAAAUCAAUGCUGACGGGACAAGCAAAAUGGCAGCUCCUGUAUCCGAGCCACUGCAGCUUGGUAUGGGUGAGGAGGAGCGUGUUGCGAUGGCAGCAGCUGUGGCAGAGUGCUCCCCAACUGCGAUUAUUAUUUCAGAUUUGGAUGACGCAUCACAAGCCAGUGACCCGUUGUGCCCUCGCUUUCUCCUUGCGGAAGAUGUCCAACAUCAAGAGCUGAUCGUUUCUGUACGAGGGACGCAAUCGCUGUCAGAUCUGCUUGCCGAUUUGGUUGGCGAUGCGGAGGAUUUCGCAGGUGACUAUGCGCAGUUAGAAAUUGAGCGUAUCCAGUUUGUGAUCAGUUUGGAGUCACUUGAGCAGUUUUGCCAUCUGGAGAUGAUUUGGAUGAACUGCAGGCCUCAGCAGGCUGAACGCCGACGAAGGAGGGGCUCGGUAAGUAGCGUUGAGUCGCAUUUCGAGGUUUGCGAGAUCCUGGCCAUCCUCUUGCUGGGAGGUGAUGAGAACGUGGAGCGCGUCCCGUGGACGUUGCCGAAAGACACCGAGCUGCGCUGUUUUCUCUUCGCGCCUCCACCGGUCUUUGGGAAUGAGCUUGCGCAGCGUUCGAGCUUUCCCCGCCUUUUUAGCUUCGGCUUCCGCCCUUCCGUGCCCUCAGCUGUCGAAACAGCUGUUGAGAAAGCCAGGAAGGUUUCCGUUGCCUUUGCCCUCAACUAUGACAUCAUCCCACGGACUUCGCUGCACAAUGGCUACAAGCUGUUCCAAGAGGCCAGAGUCAUUGACGACUUCGUUGGCUGGGGCAAGAGGGAUGUCCUUCGCAAGUUGGGCCUUGUGGAGCCCGAGUCGCAGGUGGCGGUAGCACACGAGCUUGAAGAUGCCCUGUCCAAGGGUGCUUCUGCGCGGCCAGCUCCUGCCAAUCCUUUCCCGGCGCAGCAUGCUGUGACCUCUCGGCUCUUCCACAUGAUGCUGGUGCCAGGGGGAACUGCAACGGCUCCCAUAACGCCCAGCGAUGCAACUCACAGUGCUUCUGAUGGCCUCACUGGCCCUGAAGAUGACGCUCUUGAAGGUCCAAGAGCUAACGGUCGAUGGUUGCUGAAGCGUUCAGAUCAUCUGCGACAAUGGCGUCGCCGCUUUGCUUGGAUCGAGGCCGGCGAGCUGUGCUUCGCAGCGUCUGAAAAGGAUCCAAUAAGAUCAACUGUUCCGCUCACAGCCGACAGCACGUUGAUCAUGUUGCUUGGAGAGCCAAGCUGUCUUCCAUUUCCUGCGGGCAUGAGCCCAACUAUGUCAUUCCGUGCCGAUCAAGUCUGCUCGGGAACCACGACCUGCUCCACUACCAAGACCUCUCGCGACUUUGCGACACCAUGGGCUUUUCAUGUGCAGACUGCGAGCAGCUGGUCAGGCAUUGAGCGGCCAGACGGUGGGCACAGCCCUACCCUGCCGGCUAUCCGAACCUGCGUGGCGGGAGAGGUUUUCCUUUGUACAGAAACUGCAGCUGAGCGCGAUAUGUGGCUCAGAGACCUGGCUUCAGCAGUGAGGGCUGCGAGGCGGCGAUGGGUUCGUGGCUGGGCACGUUUUUUUGCGUAG